GUGAACCGAACACAACCAACAUUUUCUGUAUAAACUUCUUUCAAGCAGGAUAUUUGGUUUGGUUUUCUUUUACAUCUCCUUCUCCCAUGAUUUCCUUGUCAUGGUUUGCUUGGAAGUUAAGAAGAUGAAACGAAAGAAAGAGAAAAUUAAACAAAAAAAAUUCGUAUCAGUUGUUUGAUUCCUCGUUUGAAGGGAGGAAGAGAAAAAAAUUGAAAGAAAUAGGAUCUUAUUUGGUAAAUCCAUAAUGAAUCUUUAAAUCUGCAAUGAAUUUCAUAUCGAAUAUAUGAAUUUUAUUUAGUAAAUCUCGAUUAGUUUUAUAAGAUUGUAAAAAUCAUUUCUAUCGUGUUCAUUAUGAACUUUUUUUUAAAUGAUAGGAGUAGUUAUUAGUAGUAUUUUAUAAAAGUUGUGGCUCUCAAUUUUUUGACAUCUGGACAUAGUACUACUACCCUCAAUACUCCAUUCAAAGCUCCUUAAAAGGCACCUUUCUCGGAAAGGUCCUAAACCCUCAAGACACGGACGCAAUCACAGCACCAUCUAUAUUCUAUGGCGACCCAAAGCAGCUCCUCUCAUCAAGAACCCAAGAACACCUCUCAAACCCCCACCCUUCCCACGGUAGAUCCUCUCCUACUGCCGAAUCUCCUCCCGGAAAUCAUCUUCGAAAUACUGUCGAGGCUUCCCGUCAAGUCUCUGCUGCGAUUCAGGUGUGUUUCCAAAUCAUGGCGUUCUUUGAUUUCUCAGCCCGUAUUUGCCAAAACCCAUCUCAGUUUAGCAUCAAUGGACGUUGAUUAUACCCACCAUAGACUCAUUCUACACUGUACGUAUCCCCCUUUUUUUUAUUACAAGUCCUGCUCUCUUCACUCUAUUUGGAACGAGAAAUCUGAUACUGCUGUUGAGCUUGAUUGCCCUUUGAACGAUCGUUGUUGGGGAACAUGGAUUGUUGGUUGCUGUUAUGGUUUAGUGUGCGUCAGAGCUGGGCAGGAUGUACUUAUAUGGAACCCGUCUACUAGGAAAUCCAAGGGAUUGCCAAAUCCUGAAAUGCACAAUUACAUUCCGAGUUAUAGUUUUGGUUACGAUAAGUCCGUUGAUGAUUACAAGGUGGUGGGAGUCUUUUCCCAUGUUCAUACUCUCGAGAUUGAAGUGAAGGUGUUUACAUUAAGGACUAAUUCGUGGAGGAGGAUUGGUGACUUUCCUCAUCGUCUUGGUUUCGGAGAAGAAGGGACGUAUUUGAACGGGGCCCUCCAUUGGACUGUGAGUAGGGAGUCCAAUGUUGUUAUUGUUUCUCUUGAUUUGGCGAAGCAGACUUAUGGAGAGAUUUCAGUACCUGAUUAUCGAGAUGGUUAUUUGUCUUGGAGCUUGUUGGAUGUUUUAAAUGGAUGCCUCUGUAUACGAUGUGCCUACGAUGAUUACGCUGAUGUAUGGGUGAUGAAGGAAUACGGUAUCAGAGAGUCUUGGACCAAAAUGAUUGUGAUACCUCAUGCGACCCCUCAAUUGGGCACUCCUUACCCCACCCCAGUCUGCAUUUUGAAGAAUGGUGAAGUUUUAGUGAAUGUUUUUACACAUUUAGUUUGGUACAAUCCAAAAGAUGGCACAUUUAUUUGUCCUACAAUUCGAAAUGGUUCAGAGGGUUCUACUGUCUUUCCCUACGUUGAAAGCAUAGUCUCGCCUGACAUUGAUGUUGACAAUGGGGUUACUGGGGUUUAGUGGCAACAGCAAUACUAAAGGGAAUAAAGGUAAAAUUAGAUGUUUGAUUAUGUCUUACCAGCCUUCCCCUACUCUUGUCAAUCCAUUGUGUUUAUAUAUUUGGUCUUGUGUCUUUUAAUAUCGUAGUGAUGUACUCAAUCUUGAUAUUAAAACCGAAAAAGAACAAAGUUCCUUAGUUCAUAUUUAUUGAAGUUGAACCUAGUCUUUGUAAAAUACAUCGCCACCUGCGGUGAUUGUGCUGAUGUAUGGGUAAUGAAAGAUAGGAUAUUUGAGAGUCUUGGACCAAGUUGGUUGUCAUUCCGUAUGUGCCUCUUCCAUUGGCUGGUCCUUACUACUCCAUACCAGUGUGCAUUUUGAACAAUUGUGAAGUUUUACUGUAUAUUAGUUCCUUAAAACACAAAAGAUGGCACAUUUAUUCAUCCUACUAUUCGCAAUUGUUCGACGGGUUUUUCUAUCCAUGUCUGUCCCUACUUUGAGAGCCUAGUGUCCCCUGACAUUGAUGCUGAUAGUGGGGUUCAGUGGUAGUACCCAUACUAAAGGGAGUAAAGGUAAAAUUGCCUUCGAUUAUGCCUUACUAGCCUUGCCCAAUUUUUAUUAAUCCAUGAUGUGUUUUAUAUGGGUUCUUGUUCUUUUUGAUCUCUUAGUGAUGUACUCAAUGCUGAUUUUAAAAUUGAAAAAGAAAUAAGUUCAUUUACUCAUAUUUAUCGAAGUUUAACCUAAUUUUGGUAAAACCACCGGUUAAUAGUGAAAGGGAUUCACAUAAAUAUGGUUUCACGUCAUGAUAUGUUUGACAUUGUUAACGAGAUGAUGGGUUUUUGAGGUGACACUUGUUUCUUUUUUUAAUUUCCGGAACUUGGAGGAAUAGGUUGAGGAAAAUUUUGAAAUUCACAAAACAUGCAUGACGGAUGACACCGUAGCCAACAGCCAAUCCAUAAGGAUUUAAAUUUCUUAUACGGAGUAUUUUGUCUACUUUUUUUUCACUGCAUUAUGGUGUUCAAAAGGUGAUUGUCGUUUCGGAAAUAGGUUAACCUAAGUUUAUUUUGUGUGCUUCUAAUUUAGUGGAACAUUAAGUUCAAAAAAAACAAACUUAAGAGGAUUGUUAAUAUUCUCUUUUUUGGGGGUGUGGGAGGAGUGAUGUGUUUCAUGCAUUGGCGAGGACAUUUUGAUUGACUGCUAGCUUUUUAACAAGUGGGCUUUUUAGCAAUCAUUAACUACUUUCCAAUUAGUCUAAGCCGAAGCAUGUUUCCUGCUUGGUACCUCAAGUCAACCCCGCGGAGAAGCGAAAGCUCGAUGAGAACUAAUAGGCCAUGCAUGUCUAAUUCUUACUUAAUCCUUGUGCUCUAUUUGGUUUUUUGUUUUCUUUUAUAGUAAUUGGAAGUAUGAGCUUUGUAAUCCAUUGAUGAGUUUUGAGCUUGAAUCCUUCAAAGCUAAGUCUGUCUAGCAUAUUCAUACAUAUAACAUUUAGGUGGAAUGAUUGGAGGAGUUGCCUCAUGCGCAAGAAUGGAACCAGGAUUUUACUCUAGUAGUGGCGGAAUGUAUACUAAAAAAAUCUAGUGGUGGCGAGACUAUAUAAGUUGGGCAUAAUUUUUUUUUUUUACAUAUAAUAAUUGUAUUUUCUAAAAUUCUUGUCAUUGCGAUCGCCGCCACUAGACCCCCUGAUCCCAAGAAAUUCUAGGCUUAAAUUGUGACUGGACAUUUUUUUGUGGAAUUGCAGAAAUUUCUUCCAACGUGGGCAGCCACGCGUUGGGCGAAUAUUAGAGCUGCAUACUGUUUUUUGGCGCUCUAGGCAUGAGUUAGGUGCCAUUACUUUUUGAGUGGUGCUAGUACCACAUCCAUUUUCACACCCAAACAUACACCCACCAUUCACAUGAGUGGUGGGUUCCACACACACUACACACUCUAGUGUGUCUGUGUGUGUAUGGAGCCCACCACUCAUGUGAGUGUGGGUAUGUGUUUGGGUGUGAAAAUGAGUGUGACACUAGAAAUUUUUCCAUAAUCCACAAACUUCAAACAACUAUAUCUUCAUCAUACGAACUCCGACUGAGGCGGAUCUUCGUCAAAGUUGAACCCCUGGAAGCCUACAUCUCUGUGGACUUUGAGGUGGUCCAAUCGCCUAUUUCUAAGUAGAGAAAAGAGUAUGGUCAUAAUGCCACGGAGUAGUCUUAGGAUUCAAUUUCGAGUUUUGGGGUUUUGUUCAGUGUUCUAAAAAUCGGUUUUAAUCACCGAUUAAUCGGAUUUAUGGCCUCUCCGAUCAGAUUAAUGCCUGGGCUUUUGAAUUAGACGGUCUGGAGAUUAAUCGAGGUUUGGCGGCGAUUAGUCGAUUAAUCGGCGAUUAGGCGUCUAUUCCGCAAUUAAACAGGAUAAAGCUGUAAUUUAAAAAAUUCAAGGAGUGUAACUGUUGGGGUAAUGAAGUUGAAGGGCUUGUUAUGCAAUUUUACUC